AUGCUAGAUGAAUCACCGGACUAUGUAGUCCUGUAUGGCUCGGACGCCGAAAUCAAAACGCUGGUUACGCAGAGCCCGCGAUUGCACCUCGAUAAUAAUGGAGUUGUACUGUUAUCAGACCGCUUCAUCGCCAAAUUCUACACGCCGGACUGCCUCACCGAUAAGAUGAAAACGAUCGAAAUUGCGCAAUCUCUCGGCAUACGAAUACCAAAGAUAAUACGAGCGAUACAGCAUCCCGACGUGACGUUUCUCGUUAUGGAACGAGUUGAAGGGCAGACACUAGAAGACGCCUGGGCUGGGCUAAGCUGGUAUUCCUCUCUUCGUCUGGCCUUCCAGCUCCGCCGCUUCGUCUCGCUGAUGCGAUCGAUCACCUCGGACACUGCCGGAUCUAUUGUCACAGGCGAAUGCAGGUCUUUCUGGUUAGAUGACCGGUUUGGACUACCUGCAAGGGCGACCGUCGGAUAUGUUAUGGAGUUCCUAGCCUUCUGGACGGGCUUCAGAUCUAUCAAGCAUGAAUAUAAAAAAAGCAGUCGUGAUCACGCAGUUCUGAAACGGUCUUCAGAUCUGCAGGUAAAGUCGUUUGUGCUUACACACCAUGAUCUUGCACCUCGCAAUAUCAUGGUUGAUAAGCUAGGAGAUGCAUGGCUGAUUGAUUGGGAUCUUGCUGGGUACUACCCAAUCUACUUCGAAUAUGCAUCAAUGUCGAAUUUUCGGAUACCAGAGAGCUGGGGAUAUUUCGGGCGGCUACGCUGGUGGAUUGUUACAUGGUUAGCGGCUGGGCGAUAUGAGAAGCAAAGCAAACAGCUCUGGGCAAUCAGAACCAAGCUUCAACGGUUUCCAGUAGGACGGCGGCUUAAUAUCAAAGCAAACGUUACUCAGCCGAGAUUAGAGCAAGCUUUAGCGUCCUCCGAAUCAUCUGAUUCUAGUCUUCACUCCAUGAUGGGUUCGCAUUCAGAUACAGACGGAUACGAUGUCAUCAUCAUUGGCGCCGGCGUCUCUGGCAUCAACGCUGCCUAUCGCCUACAGACGGAGCUGCCCGGCUGUCGACUCGUCAUCCUAGAAGCCCGCGCCUCCAUCGGCGGCACGUGGGACCUGUUCCGCUACCCAGGCAUCCGGUCCGACUCUGACAUCUUUAGCUUUGGCUUCGCCUGGCGUCCCUGGUAUCGCAGCGAGCUCCUCGCCCAUGGCCGCGACAUCAAGCAGUACAUGGUGGACGCGGCUCGGGACACGGGCAUUGACAAGCACAUUCGCUACCACCACAAGGUCCUCUCCGCCAACUGGGUUUCCAAGGAGCGAGCCUGGGAGCUUCUGGUCCAAGAGCCUGGUCGGACAGAAGCAGCCGUAUACCGUGGUCAGUUCGUCUUCCUGGGUACGGGGUAUUACAACUACGAACAGCCUCGUCAGACGACCAUUCCCGGCCUCGAAACCUUUCAAGGAAAUAUUAUCCACCCGCAGUUUUGGCCAAAGGACUAUGACUAUACCGAUAAAGAAAUGGUAGUGAUUGGGAGCGGCGCCACAGCCGUCACCAUUGUGCCGUCAGUUGCCGAAAAGGUCAAGCGCGUCACCAUGUUGCAGCGCAGUCCGACAUACAUGUUCCCCCUGGCCAGCCGCAGCAGAGUGCGCAGCUUUCUCUUCGCCGUGCUGCCAGGGGCGCUUAUGCACAGAAUCAACAGAGUGACUUGGAUCCUCUUCGCCUACCUGCUGACAGUCUGGUGCGCGCACUACCCGGCGGCUGUGGCGCGGUACAUUCGGAAGCGCACCGUGGCGGCGCUGCCGGCGGGCUACGCGUGGGAUCCGCACUUCAAGCCGCGGUACAAGCCGUGGGAGCAGCGGCUGUGCGUGGUGCCUGACGGCGACAUCUUUGCUGCGAUCCGCUCGUCCAAGGCGGUCGUGGUGACGGACACGAUCGAGACAGUGACGGCGGACGCGAUCCGGCUCUCGUCGGGCCAGCGGCUGCCCGCCGACGUCAUUGUCACGGCGACGGGGAUCCAGCUGCUCUUUGCCGGUGGCAUCCGCUUCACGCUCGACGGCGGGGCGCCGCUCGACGCCGCGCGCAAGGUUGUUUGGAACGCGGCCAUGAUCCAGGACCUGCCCAACACCGUCUUCGCGAUUGGCUAUCUCAAGUCGGGCGCGUGGACGCUGGGCGCCGACUGCGCGGCGCGGCUGCUGAUCCGGCUGAUGAGGGAGGCGCGGACGAGGGGCGCGAGGAUGGUGACGCCGCGGCUCGACGAGGACGGCGGCCGUGAGAUGGCGAGGCGGCCGCUGUGGGGGAUAUUAACGUCGACGUACCUCGAGGGCUAUGAGAAGGCGUUUCCGCAGACGGGCACGGGGAUAUGGUGCAAUAGGGAGAAUUAUAUCAAGGACAUGUAUGCGGCGAGGUGGGGAGAUAUUCAGACUGGCUUGUGCUUUGAGGAAUGA